AUGCCUGUCAUUGAGAGAAGAAAGCCUUUCUUGGCAUGCUUUUUGGGUUUCCUCGCGAGGUAUGCUGCGGCUGCACCAGAUCUAGUCUUCCCGUUCGAUGCCCAGUUGCCGCCUGUGGCCUACGUCUCGCAACCAUACGGGUUCACUUUCUCCGUGGCAACCUUUGUAUCUGACGGACCUUCGAUAUCGUAUACACUUCGCAAUCGACCCCACUGGCUUCUUUUUGAUGGCGAUAGCAGAAGAUUCAGGGGCACACCUACGGAGAAGGAUGUGGGAGUCAACAACUUCGAACUGACUGCAUCUGACCACACUGGAGAGGUGUCAACCAACGUUACCCUCGUUGUCCUCGAAUCGAUAAACUUGCAACCAGACCGACCCGUGCUGCCACAAUUGCAGCGAGCCGGACAGGCCUCUUCGCCGGAAUCACUGCUAUUACGUCCCCUGCAGCGCUUCUCUCUACCCUUUGACCACAACACUUUUAGUGGCAUCGACCAAAACACGCACUACUAUGCUGUGUCUGCGGAUAAGUCCCCUCUCCCGUCGUGGAUACAGUUCGAUCCAACACUCCUGUUGUUCACAGGGGUAAGUCCUCCUUUGACCUCGCCUUCCACAUCCCCACAAACGUUCGGAGUGCUGUUGAUAGCAUCAAAUGUACCCGGCUUCGCCGAGCUUGCUGUUCGCUUCGACAUCAUCGUUGGCGGCCACAUCUUGGCCUUUUCGACACCGUGUCAAGUCUAUGGCAUAUCCGAGGGUGUCGCAUUCCAAACUCCGCCCUUCCGUUCCCUGCUUCAACUCGACGACCGAGCCGUAAGAGAUGAGCAAAUCGCGAGCAUCCACGUGGACGGUCCCGGGUGGAUCAACCUCGACAAAGGGCAAGUUUCGCUGAAUGGUACUGCAGCGCCUUCGCCCAGCAACACAAAUGUCACAAUAAGUGUCAUAGAUAUAUACGAUGAUGUCGCGAAUCUUACGAUCUUCUUACGGGAGCAGGCAUCGCCAGUCAUGGCCUUGGGCACCAUCGUGGACUUCAACGUGACUAUUGGCGAAUACUUUUCUCACCCGCUCACGUCUGCAUCAUUUUCACCAUCUGCUGGGACAUCGAUCUACCUAGAUCAAGCUGCUGGCUGGCUUCACAUCGACCCUUCGAGCUGGCUGUUAUCGGGUCAGCCACCCGGGGAUCUUUCCCAAUCCGACGUGAAUGUCACCGUCACGUUGCAAAAUGCCACAACGACGGCCACCGGCGUGAUUGGUUUGCAUCUGAUACAGCUCACCCCAACCGCCUCACUCCAAGUCACUGGGAUUAUGGAGACGGCAACAAGUCCGGUGGCCAGUCAAACGAGCCAUAGUUCUGAUCUAUCAGGAAGCGCAAAAACCAAGGGCAUGUCAAGACGACAUGUGGUAGCCAUGAUACUAGCCAUUGUCCUCCCAAUUCUUGCAGUCCUUGUCGCAAUCUGCCUCAUAUUGUAUUUGAUGCGAAUGAGGCGUCGCUCACGAGAUACACCUGUUGCCUCGGACGAACUGCGUACAGUCCACACCAGAGAGGGUAGCUUAGGACUGGAGUCCUCCGUCCUGAAAGGGCCAUCGCAGUACAUUCCGGGGGACUCCACCGAACCAGGUCAAAUACCAGUGGUUCCUGGGCCUCCAAAGAUUGAUUUUUCGUGGUCAAAUGACUCCUUGGGCCAGUCAAAACUCAGAAUGUCCGCCAUAGAACAACCUGCUGAGGGUCGCCAUUCGACAGUAUCUCGAGCAGACAGUCUUGUGCAUCCAACUGUUUUAACGGCCAGGAGUGACGCCAAUCGAAGCCAUACUCUGGGCGAACGGCCGACUGCCAGGGAGUUCGUGAUGGAGUCGCCUGCGGGUGAAUCUGAGACGUUCCGCAACGUGCCAGAAAGAGUCUCAUGCUUGUCCACGCUUCACAACAUGCAGCAAAUAGAGGCACGUCUUCCCACCAGGAAGAGCGGUGCGGGACAUGGUGCUGGUAUCGCCAUACAAUCGGACCUUGCUGCAAACGGAGACCCAUGGCGGGCUACGUGGCUAUCCAAUCCCGCCAGUGAAACACGCCGGAGCACAGUCGUCCUCGAGUCGUUUCCGAUACCUCCGAGAGAUGCGCCGGGACAAGACGCAAUUGGUUCUCCUCGCGAGUUUUCGAGUUACCUUGAUGAUGAUAUGUCAUUCGAAGCCCGACGGCAGAAAUGGCACACUGAGCGGGCUCGAGCGCGGUUGGAAGGUAUGACACGCUUUUCCAAUGCAGGUGCCUCACGGUUGACGCCCUCUCCACGACCGCGACGAACCGGCAGCAGAAACCCCCGGGAGCUGACAGCACGAUCAGCCACAGUUAUGGAGGAUAUAACAAACAACGGGGACAAUCGUUGCAGAAAACAGUCAUGGCAAAACUGGGUUGAAUCAAAGCGAGGUGCUCAUGAUGUCCAGACACCUCUCGAAGUCCCGCUCGAGGUUGGGCAUAUGCCCGGUUUGAGGGAAAAGCCCAGUAUCACCAGCAGCAGGCAGUUUGACUCUUUGCCAUCCUCGCGAAGUCAAUGGGAUCCCGAGGAUUGCAUACUGGAACAGGCAGAGGCUCAAGAUUCGGAAUGGGAGUCUGACGACAGCGUAGCAGCAUGGCCACAGGAUAUGUCUGGCCAGUCGCCGUACUUGCGCCGGCUUGAUAGACGGGACCGAGGCCAAGCGCGAGUGGACGGUUUCGAGCAGGCGCAGAGUAGCCAAGAUGGUAGUUCCAGGUUUAUAUGA